UGGCCGCUGGCGGCGGUGGAUUGGGGCUGUUCUUCCGGGUUGGAGGCUCAGCGCCGGGGCCCCCUCCCGGGUCUGCCAGCGCGGCGUACCCCUGCGCGCCGUCCGCGGCUGCGGGCCUCCCCCCAAGUGACUUACUUUCAAGAAAGUUGGGCAUUCAGCAAGUUGGGAGCUCACAUGAAAACAUGGCAAACCUACUGAAAACUGUGGUGACUGGCUGUUCAUGUCCUUUACUUAGCAAUUUAGGGUCCUGUAAGGUUCUACCUGCAAAGAAGGAUUUUUUACGAACCCUUCAUACCCAUCAGGCGCUGUGGUGUAAAGCCCCCAUAAAACCAGGAAUUCCAUAUAAGCAACUUACUGUUGGAGUCCCCAAGGAGAUUUUCCAAAAUGAGAAGCGAGUGGCAUUGUCUCCUGCUGGGGUUCAGGCCUUGAUCAAGCAGGGUUUUAGUGUUCUUGUGGAAUCAGGUGCUGGUGAAGCUUCCAAAUUCUCAGAUGAUCACUACAGAGCAGCAGGUGCCCAGAUCCAAGGGGCGAAGGAAGUGCUGGCUUCUGAUUUGGUGGUCAAAGUGCGAGCCCCCAUGGUUAAUCCAACAUUAGGUGUUCAUGAAGCUGACCUUUUAAAGACAUCAGGAACACUGAUUAGUUUUAUUUACCCAGCCCAAAAUCCAGACUUGCUGAAUAAACUUUCCAAAAGAAAAACUACAGUUCUGGCAAUGGACCAGGUUCCAAGAGUCACAAUUGCUCAGGGAUAUGACGCGCUAAGCUCCAUGGCCAACAUUGCUGGCUAUAAGGCUGUUGUACUAGCUGCAAAUCAUUUUGGACGGUUUUUUACUGGUCAGAUCACAGCUGCUGGAAAAGUUCCCCCUGCUAAGAUUCUGAUAGUUGGUGGUGGCGUUGCUGGGCUUGCCUCUGCAGGUGCAGCCAAGUCGAUGGGUGCAGUUGUUCGAGGCUUUGACACAAGAGCUGCAGCUUUGGAGCAGUUCAAGUCUCUUGGUGCUGAGCCCUUAGAGGUGGACUUGAAGGAGUCUGGUGAGGGACAAGGGGGAUAUGCUAAAGAAAUGUCCAAAGAGUUCAUUGAAGCUGAAAUGAAGCUCUUUGCUCAGCAGUGCAAGGAGGUGGAUAUCCUUAUUAGCACAGCGCUUAUUCCAGGUGGCUUUCUGGUGACACAGAGAAUGCUGGACAUGUUCAAGCGUCCCACUGACCCCCCGGAAUACAAUUACCUGUAUCUGCUCCCUGCUGGUACCUUUGUUGGGGGAUAUUUAGCUGCUCUCUACAGUGGUUAUAACAUUGAACAACUCAUGUACUUGGGCUCAGGUCUGUGCUGUGUGAGUGCCUUGGCUGGCCUUUCCACCCAGGGAACCGCUCGACUUGGCAAUGCUUUGGGUAUGAUUGGAGUGGCCGGAGGCCUGGCAGCUACCCUUGGAGGCCUAAAACCAUGCCCGGAAUUGUUAGCUCAGAUGUCUGGAGCAAUGGCUUUGGGUGGUACCAUUGGAUUGACAAUUGCCAAACGCAUCCAGAUUUCGGAUUUACCUCAGUUAGUUGCUGCUUUCCACAGUUUAGUGGGCUUGGCGGCGGUGCUAACUUGCAUAGCUGAGUACAUCAUAGAAUAUCCACAUUUUGCUACAGAUGCAGCAGCAAAUCUCACUAAGAUUGUGGCCUACCUCGGUACUUACAUCGGUGGUGUCACGUUUAGUGGGUCUCUUGUUGCCUAUGGAAAACUACAGGGUAUCCUGAAAUCUGCCCCUCUUCUGCUGCCUGGAAGGCACUUACUCAAUGCAGGCCUGCUGGCUGCUAGUGUGGGUGGAAUAAUCCCAUUCAUGAUGGACCCCAGCUUUACCACCGGCAUUACCUGUCUGGGCUCCGUGUCGGCUCUCUCCACUAUCAUGGGUGUGACUUUGACAGCUGCCAUCGGGGGUGCUGACAUGCCCGUGGUCAUCACUGUGCUGAACAGCUACUCAGGCUGGGCCCUGUGUGCAGAGGGCUUCCUGCUCAACAACAACCUGCUGACCAUUGUGGGUGCGCUCAUUGGCUCCUCGGGUGCAAUCCUGUCCUACAUCAUGUGUGUGGCAAUGAAUCGCUCCCUGGCUAAUGUGAUUCUUGGAGGCUAUGGUACUACUUCAACAGCUGGGGGAAAACCCAUGGAAAUUUCUGGCACACAUACAGAAAUCAACCUUGACAAUGCAAUUGACAUGAUUCGAGAAGCUAAUAACAUCAUUAUUACUCCAGGCUAUGGUCUCUGUGCUGCCAAAGCACAGUACCCCAUUGCUGACUUGGUAAAGAUGCUCUCCGAACAGGGCAAAAAAGUCAGGUUUGGAAUUCACCCAGUUGCAGGCCGGAUGCCUGGUCAGCUUAAUGUGCUGCUGGCUGAGGCUGGGGUGCCAUAUGAUAUUGUGUUGGAAAUGGAUGAGAUCAACCAUGAUUUCCCAGACACCGAUUUGGUCCUUGUAAUUGGAGCUAAUGACACUGUUAAUUCAGCAGCUCAAGAAGACCCCAACUCUAUUAUUGCAGGCAUGCCAGUUCUAGAGGUCUGGAAAUCAAAGCAGGUCAUUGUUAUGAAGAGGUCCUUGGGUGUUGGCUAUGCUGCAGUGGACAAUCCAAUCUUCUACAAACCUAACACGGCCAUGCUUCUAGGCGAUGCCAAGAAGACAUGUGACGCACUGCAGGCGAAAGUUAGAGAAUCCUACCAGAAGUAAAUUUAAAGAUCAAGCUGUUGUCUGACAAAGGCACCUCCUCCGUUGUGGGAACAGGCAAAUAAAGUAUCAGGAUAGACAGCUGAUGUACAUCUUAGCAAAGUUCUUGGAAGACAAGGAAGACUCUGAAGAAAGCAAAGCAAAUAUAGGGAGAUUUUUCCAAGAGCAGCGAUCCCUUACUUUUAAAAAAGGACUGAAAAUUCUAAGUGUCUUUCUGUGCAUUUACUUGUUAGAAAUUCCAAAAGUAUUUUAUAAAAGAUGAAAGAAUAGCCUCAUUUUGGAUGCAAUCCAUUUGGAAUUUUUAAAUUCCUCAGCAGUAGGCAGUGUUUUAAGAAAUCAAGUCUUAAGGAUUUUAGGACUUAGAUUACACUUAAAUUUGAAAAAUCUGACACCAUGCAAUAUCACGGGCACCUGCAUUUAUGUUUUUUCAACAAAUGUGACUAAUUUGAAACUUUGAUCAAUUCCUGACCUGUCCUCAUACCAUUUAACCAUAAUCUGAAUUAACCAUACCAAAUUGAUUUUAGUUUUCAAACUGUACUUCUGGUCCCAGAUUUCAGGGAUGUAUUUUCUCACUUCUGUUUUAAUAAUGAAAGGAGUAGAUAAUCUUUCAGAGAUGCUGGAAAUAAACCAUUUUGCAAUACUUGUUUCAUACACCAAUGAAACAUAUUAUUUGAAAUCAGUAUUAGUUGUAUUUUUUAAAAUCCCAUUUCCAGAGAUCUCUUUAAUUUCAAUUUAUAAUGUGUAGUACUGUAUUAAGUGCACUUGAAUGAACAACUAUUUGACUAAUAAAAUGAGUUCAUCUUGUUUGUAUAGAGAGCAAUGGUCUCUUUUGACAAAAAGCUAAAAUUUUGCCUGUUACUAACAUCUGGGGAAGACUUGCUACUAUGAAACAGAUAAUCAAGAAUGUUUUUUUCCCCUCAAAUCAGAGUGUUUUCAGUCUAUGUAAUUGAUUACAUUUGAGAGAAAAGGUGGCAUCUUUUUUAGCUACCUCUUUGUGUAAGCACCAGUAAACAUCAUGCCUUUUUUGCAGUAGAAGUGUAGAUUUUCUUUGUGACUUUGCUACUGUGCCAAAAAUUCUGUAUAGGUUGACUGUGUGAUGAAUACCGGAGUACUUAUCUCUCUGUAUACUUUAUUUGGUACUAAGUUUCCUGAAACAAUUACAAGCACAUGACUAUCUUUAAACCAGAGAAAAAAAUAACAGGUGUGAAAUUUUACUGUAAUGCUUAUGUUGACUGAGUUUGUAACUCACAGUAUCUGUUGACUGGGUAGUCAAUUUCUGUUUGACAGGCCUGAGAUUUGUGUGUGUGUGUGUGUGUGUGUGUGUGUUUUAAAGCAGGAAAGACUCCUUUUUAAGUUUUAAUUGAUAAAUGCAACUUGGUGAUGGAUCUCAUGUCAUUAGUAACUUUGAGAUUUAACUUUAUCAUGAAAGUAUAGUAUCUUUAUUCAUGCCCUUUUCUUUUUCUCAAAGUAAUGGUUGGUAUAUCUGGAAAGCAGCAACUUAGAUUUUUAAAAAGAUAAUCCCUGCAUUCAGUUUAAACUGAAAGUAAUUAUACUUGGGCUUAUUAAUUUAUUUUCAUUAUUUAUAGUAAAUAUUUUUCUAUAUUUAUAAGUUAGGAUGAUCUCAUUUUUUGAUACUCUUGGAUAUUCUUUGAUUAUCUUUUGUCAUUCAGUUGUGUUAAAUGAAUUGAAAAUUCAUGCUCCAGUUGGUUUUAUUUUACUUUAUUGUUUAGGAUAUUCAUAUAAUUUUUGGAUACAUAAUUUCUUAAAUUAACACUUUAAAGGUUGGUGGUCUUGGAUUACUAAUUGUGGCAAAGUCUAAAAUUCACAAAAAUAAUUUUUAUCCAUGCUAUUAUUAUUCCUUUUCUGGUAAGUUAUAUAUACAACUGGUAGAUAUGGCUUAUUUUUAUUCUUGUAUUGUUUGCAAUAUCUUUUUGAUAUUCAACUAGAAAUAUUUUUUAAAAAUCCACACUAUCUUAUAGUUGUUACCAAAAAAAAAAUUACACUUAAGUCAUGAAAUGCUGAUGUUGAUAUGUCUUUUAGGCCUUAUUAGCCAUCCUUUAUUAUCUGUUGUUUAUCUUAAAUUUGGAGUUUGUGUUUUAAGCUACUCAUCUAAGUAAAGAAUGCAUAUAAAUAAGUGUAUAAGUUCACAUUUUCUAUCUAUCUAUCUAUCUAUCUAUCUAUCUAUCUAUCUAUCUAUCUAUCUAUCUAUCUAUCUAUCAUCUAACUUUGGCCAGUUUUCUGGUAUAUAAAUCUUUUUAUCAUUCUAUAUAUAUUUUUUUUCUAGGGGUUGGAAUGGACAUUCUAAUCUCUUUGUGUGGUAGGUUCUCAGGUCUUUAGUGAGUCAGAAUAUCAGUUAAGCAUUUGGUAAUGAAGCUGGAAAGUGGGUCUUGAUUUUCUGAUCCGUCCAAGUCAUGGCCCUAACUUUUAGAUUUUGCUGUUUUCUCAUCCAGCACAAAUAUGGGAUAUAUAAUGUAUCACUCAGCUUUAGGGUUUAGUUCAAUUUAUCUGAACCCAAAGACUAAUUCUGUAUAGUUAAUAACUCCUAACCCAAGUGUUCAUCAACACUUGGCAAAUUUUCUAGCCCCUUAGAACAUAAGUCUUCCAAAUUAAAGCAUUUAGUACUGGAAAAUUGAACAACUCUUUUGUAUAGCUAAGGGAGAAUAGUUCAGAUAUCUAACUUACUGUUCUUGCAAGUUUUUGAGAGUCUUUGCCAACAAAUAUUACUGGUUCAUAAUGUUAACAAAAAAAAACACCCCAAAUUUUUCACUCCAGUGACAGCAGC